GUAACAAUAGUUAUCUUUUCGUCAGGUCUGAUAGACAAGAGACAAACUAUUUUUUUUGUUAUUGUAGAAAAAUUGAGACAGGGCUGUGAGGCCUUUUGGUAUUUCUUUCCUGGAGUGAGGCCGGCCGGAGGCGGGAAACUGCCCCCGGUACCUGGAAAGGCGUAAUUCGGGUGUCGGAGGGCCGGAGGAAAGCGGAAAAGCGGUCUGGGGCUCGAACGGCCGGUCUGCCGGGCGGUUAGGGGCGCGGCGGGGCCGGAUGCGGCAGUCGGCCGUUCCGAGAUUAUGGGACGAAGAUCAGUGGGGACGUGCCGGUAGGUAGCUAUCGACGAGGACGGCGACGGCGACGCCAUUUUCAACUUCCUGGGCUGGUUUGGAGUGCAGCCGAGCCACUAGGGGAUACCCCCAAACCCGGCCCAAGCCCCCGUCCUCCCAGUCGGACGCCAACCUCUCGUCAAGGCGUUCGUUGUGCAACGUAGGCGGUGCUCGUCCUAGAUUCUGAGUCAAAACGGUUUCCGGGUCCGUCCUCGUCUGGGAAAUCGCUUUUCUCGUCGGGCGGCGUCUCCGUCGCUCCCGUCCCAUCGCGAUAUCGUCCCCGGGUCGCGCUAAUUGUAGCUAUAGCAACAUGUGAAGUGGAAAUCGGCCCGUUCCGCCGUCCGCCUGCUCCCUGCCUCGGUCCCAACCAACAUGGCGUUUUCCUGGGUGCACUCGCCGAAGGCCCGCACGACUCGGGACAUUUUCUCCGUAAAUUCCCAUCUGGUUUAUUUAUUAACAAAUUGGUUGUUAUUUUGAUUAUAAUAAAUCGGAUGGUUGUUAACCUCGACAAGGCAGGCGAUAUUCGAUUGUCACACCCUCGGGGAACUCGGACACCCGACUCCAGGAACCCGACUCGCGAACAGGGCUGAGAAAAUAGCAAUGUCGAACCGAGGUAUGGAAAACUACGAGGAUUUGUGUAGGUUAUGUGCAUCCUACGAUGCGAUUAAAAUGGACAUAUUCAGUGAAAGUGGAAGGGAGAGGAAACUCGUUGAUAAAAUAACGACUUGUCUACCUUUCGAGGUUUCAGAAGACGACCUUUAUCCAAAAUCUUUGUGCUUCCGGUGUAUUUACAAUUUGGAGAAUUUCUACGACUUCAGGAGAGGGUGUAUUGACGCGAAGGCGAGGCUCGAGUCAGUUAUUAAAAGGUCACGAGGAGAUAAGGAUGACACCGGUGAAGGAGAAUAUUUUCAGCACAGUGAUGUCAAGAAUUCAAACGAAGAGUGUACUGAUGGAGAAUACGAGACUCCAAAUCCUGCUGAUUUUUUGGAAGCAUGCCUUGUUAGUGGAGAGUCUCCUCAAGACAACCAUGGCAAACCACAAGAUGAAGAAGAAGGGCCAUUCAGUUGUAAAAUAUGCGGGAGAUUAUUCAAUUCCAAAAGUUCUCUUACAAUUCAUGCAAAAUUUCAUCAAGAUAAAAGCAAAGAUUCAGAUAAAGAAAGUUACUCAUGUUUCGUCUGUGAAAAGGUUUUCUCGAGUAAGGGCCAUUUGGCGCUUCAUUCCCGCGUCCACAUUGGUGAGACGAGCUCUCCAUCGCUUUCUAUGUCAAACAGGCCCAGCCCUGCUCAGAUCAGACUUUACCGAUGUGAUCUCUGCAGCAAAUCGUAUUCCAUGGCCAAGCAUUUGUGGGGUCAUGUGAGCACAUGUCACAAGGGCGAUCCUUUGGUAACUUGUGCCCUUUGUUUAAGAACGUUUUCAUCCAUUUCGAAUCUUGAGGAUCACAAAAGAGUGAAACACAAGGAUGACAUCAGUCUUCAACAACCCAAGGUGAGCAAUGAAGAUGGUGAGUUGACUGAAGCCAGUGAUUCCAAAGAAGAAGGGACUUCAAAUAAAAGAAAAAGUUCCAAGCCGAGAAAAAUUGAAAGGGAUUCAUCGGACGCGCCUUAUAAUUCUGAUGACAACCUCGCUACAGACGAAUCUCCCGAGGAUGGUAACGAACGUCCGCAAUUGCUUUAUUCAUGUUUAUUAUGCGAAGAGAAGUUUAUGGACACUCAAGUUUUAUCCGAUCAUUUGUUAAACACACACGGUUAUGAUGGAACUUUAGAUUUUAACAAUGCUAGAACUGAUGCUGGUGAAAAUGCAUAUGCUGAAAGAAUGAUGGAAGCGGAAACAGUUUUCUGCUGUGAAAUCUGUAUUCGAGAAUUUAACGAUAGAGCAAGUCUUUGGCUACACAUGCUGUACUCGCAUAGAGAUGAAGCCUCUAAAGCGUGCGGUAUAUGUUUAAAGAUUUGCGACGACAAUGAAAGCUUGUCACAACAUGUCGAAGCAUGUCAUCCGAGGAACAAAACAGAACAAAGACGGUAUAGUUGUCAGGUGUGCGCUCGGCAACAUGACUCAAGGAAAAAAUUAGUCACCCAUGCUAAAAUUCACAAACUGACCGACUCGCAAGGUAAUCUGAUCGAUCCGGAAACUGUGGUCGUUUUGAAUAGUGAAUUUUAUGCUAAUGAAAUACAAGGAAACUUCCCACAAGACGACGGUUUUAUGUCAAGCUGUGAAGUCUGCUUUAAAGUUUUUGAAAGCGAAGCUAAAUUACUCAAACAUAAGAGAAGCGCACAUAGAGAUUCAGCCGGUCUCAAUAUAUCGUCAUCAGGCAGCUACCAUUUUUACUUUGCGUGUGAACUCUGUGGCCUGUCGCAUAUGUCACGAUCGGAAAGAUGGAAACACAUGGCGACAGUACACGCAGGAGAACCUUCGGUCACUUGUGAAUUAAAAGAAUGCGGUAAAGUUUUCCCGACGAGUGCGGUUAAGAAGGAGCACGAAUCAAGUCACCAUAUGUUACAAGGGCAGUAUCCAAAUACUUGCGAAGUCUGUGGUAAAAUGUGGAAAACGAGAGUGGAAUAUUGGAAACACAUGAUGGGCGUUCAUCCAGAUUGUUUACCUUUUAUCUGUGGUGUUUGUCUUAAAGUUUUUUGUAAUAUCUCUUCGUUAGUUAAUCACGUCCGUGGCCUGCAUUGGCCGCUUGCCGGUGGCGACUUCUGUUGUGACAUAUGCGGAAGACCUUAUUCCAAAGUGUCAAAAAUGACGAGACAUCGUAAGGUCCAUUAUGUUCUAAACACCCCUCCGGAAAUUCAACUAUUAUUGGAAAAUCCUAUAACAGAAAGCGACCAACAUUUUCUGGAAGAUCCACCGAAACUGACGUGCGAUCUUUGCCAAGGAGCCACCGAAGAAUUUGAAAGCAUAGAAGCACUGGGGAAACAUAGGUUACAAAAGCACGAAGUAAUGCCAUGCGACUUAUGUACAAAGUAUUACGGGAGGACGUCUCAUUUGUGGAAACACGUUCAUAAAAUUCAUAAAGGCCAUCCAGAAAUCACUUGUCCUAUUUGCGAAAAAACGUCAGCUUCAAAGUCACAUUUAGCCAGCCAUAUGGCCAAACACCAUAGAAAUGAAAGCUCUUUAAUUGACGGCAGUAUUCUUAAUAUGAAAACUAGUAACGGUGUCCAUGCAUGUGAAAAGUGCAUGAAAGUGUUUAGGAAAGAAUCAUUAGUCAAGAAACACCUUAAACACUGCAAAGGUCCGAGGCCUCCGCCCAUGCCUCUGCCUCCUCUCAUAAAUGGAAUGUACAAUUGCGAAAGGUGCUCGAAACCUUUCCCUGCCCAGAAUCUUCUGUAUAAACAUAUGCGUAGCUCUCAUUUAACAUACACUUGUGAAAUUUGUUUAAUGAAAGUGAAUUCUAAAUCUGAUCUCUACAAACACAUAUGCAAUAAUCAUGGCGAUCAUCCAGAUGUUAAAUGCAGCUAUCCCGAUUGCGGUAGAAUUUUAAGGAGUAGGGCAGAUUUGAAUCGCCAUCAGAGGGAUCACCGCCAAAGUGUUCAAUUUCACAUUUGCAUCUUCUGCGCAGAAAUGGUUACCAGCAAAUUAAAAAUGAAGAAGCAUUUGACGUCUAAUCAUAGCAAAGAAACAAAAUUUUUAUGUGCAAUUUGUUUAAAGCCGUUAUCGAGUUUUAAAGAAUUGCAAUCACACGUGGAAACGAACCACAAAGUUGCUCUCGAUCGUCCAAACUCUUGUCCCGUCUGUGCGAAACCUUGUACAAACAAAUCAAAAUUAAUGGAGCACAUAAAAUCGCAUAGUACAUAUUUUCACCCUUGUAAAAUCUGCCUUAAAAUAUUACCGACAAAAGACGACCUCAAUAUACAUUUAAACAAUCACCCGAGUGAUAGCGGUGAAGAAGAGGAUCAAAUCGACGAAGUAGAGUUAGACGCGAAUAGUAUCAUGGACAUAAUCGGAGCUCAACAAGGUGAAAAGAUAUGUGUUAAACGACAACUCGACGACGAAAGUGAGAAAGAAGAAUUGAUAGAAACUAUCGCACCUCCGGCUAAAAAACCUAAAUCCGAAUUUUCUUGCGAUAUUUGCCAAGAGACAUUUGUUUUUAUGGAUGAUUUUAUAUCCCACAAAGAAAACAGCCAUAAAGAAAACCAGCCUAGUAUUUUAGAAUCAGUUUUAAUUGAGGGUAAAGUCGAGGUAAAAGAAGAGCUUCAAACCAUUCCUUAUGAAUCCGACACUAAUUUUAUGCACCAGUUGGGUCUCAUGCCUGAGAGCGAUAAAGGAGGUAAAAUUAAAGCUAAUCGGAAAGUGUAUUCUAACGAUUUUACGCCCAGUAUGUGUGAAAUCUGUGGCAAAGUGUGGCCUGCAAAAAGGCACCUUUGGCAGCACUUGAUUAGAUUUCAUAGAGUCCAAGCAGGGACUUCAUGCGGAAUUUGCUUGAAACUGUGUCACAGCUAUGUAGAGUUAAGUAAUCACCUCGUUUUAGAACAUCCGAACAAUUUCGAUUGCGACGGAACCAAUUUGUCGUGCAGGGUUUGUGGCAAAUAUCACAAUGCCAGAUCCAAAUUGCAAAAUCACGCCACGAUCCACGCCGGACAUGAGGAACGGGCGCAAAAGAGUGCUCAUCUUUGUUUGAUAUGUCAGAUAUCAUUUCCCCUGUUCAAGCUUUUCUGCGAUCACUGCUAUAACGUUCACAAUGUCACACCGGACACAAAGAACAAUGCCGAACAAGGUAAAAAGCCAUUGGAUCUUGUAAAGAAAGAAAAUACCUUUAACGGAGCCGAAACCAAUUCGACCACCAAAUUUCCUUUUAACAGUUGUGACGUCUGUUCAUUAGUUUUUGCGAGUGAACAAGGGUUAAUAAAUCACAAGAGAAUACAUAGCCAAUCUGACAGUUACAAAUGUGGUCAGUGCGGUGAACUGUUUACAUCAGCGAAUCUUUUGGCGUCUCACAAAGCUGACAAACACAAAGGGGCAGAAUUCGUCUGUGCAGACUGCAAGUCGAACUUUUCCACCUACAUCCAAUUAACCGAACAUAAUAAAGUCUGUAAAGCUAAACUAAGGGCCCAAGUUAAAAGUGGUGAAGAUAUGGAGACAAUUAUGGCUGAAGAAGAUGAAGGAGAUGAAGUUGAUGAAGAAGUGGAAGAAGAAGAAGAGGAGGAGGAAGAAGAAGAAGAGGAGGAGGAGGAGGAGGAGGAAGAAGAAGAAGACGAUGACGAGGACAGUGGUGAUGAAGUUGAAAAUACCGAUAUCAAUGAUACAAAUGACGUAUCAUCUGCUUCCGAAGUAGACAAAUCUGAAGUCGCCGAUGAUAUUGACAGUUCUUCUUCUUCUUCUGACGAAGAAGAAGAAGAGGAGGAAGAGGAAGAUUAUGAAGAAGAAGAAGAAGAAGAGGAGGAGGAAGUAGAAGAAGAAGUAAAAUCCGACGAUUUUACCAAUGUUACCCAGGAAGAGCCUGUGAGGGCUAUAGAGGCCUAUGUCUGUGACAACAUGUUUGAGGUAGUAAAGGUAGAUAUCUCUGAUGAAUGUUGCAUUUCAAAGGCGAAUGAAAAUUAGAAGACUGGCUGUAUAUUUUACGCUUCAUUAAGAAGAUAACUGUA